GUCCUGCCCCCAGAGGAGGGGCCUCCGCCAGGCUGGCAAAUGGCAGAGAUCCAGGGCCUCCCCGGAACCAGUGUCCGGCCGGUGCCUUUCCUGCAAAGUCUGGCAACUGCUGCCUCCCUCUUAGGUGCUCAUGGGCUGGACAGUGAGGCUGGCCGCGGUGGCCCUGUCUUGGGGUCUCAUGCUGGUGGCCACUACAGACACGGACGAAGAUGACUCGUGUGUGUACGAGGCCCUGUCCGACAGCGAUGCUGUCAUCUGCAAGGGCCUCUCGGUUGUGUACCCGGAGCUGGGGAACAUUGGCUGCAUGUUCGUGCCUGACUGCAACAACUACAGACAGAAGAUCACCCAGUGGCCGCAGCCAAUGGUCAGUUUCUCGAAGGCUGUGGAGGUUGCAUCCUACAUCCUGGUGAUGGUGGACCCAGAUGUCCCAUCCAGGUCUUCUCCCGAUGCUCAGUUCUGGAGACACUGGCUGGUCGUAGGCAUCAAGGGUGUGGACCUGAAGAAGGGGCAUAUUCGGGGCAUAGAGCUGACGGGGGCUCUGAAGAGGCCCACAGAGAAAGCCGACUGCUCCGCAGAGGAUGGCCACAGGAGCACCUGGGGGUCUGUGACACGUGAACCCCCCUUUUCCUACCCACAGGCUACCGGCCUCCCUCUCCGCCGAAAAAAACCGGCUUCCAUCGCUACCAGUUCUUUGUCUAUCUUCAGAAAGAAAAGAGCAUUUCUCUCCUUCCCAAAGAAAACAAAACUCGAGCCUCUUGGAAACUGGAUGAAUUUCUGAACCGCUACGCAUUCGGCGAGCCUGAAGCAAGCACCCAGUUCAUGACCCAGAAUUUCCAGGACUCUCCAAGCUUCUGGACCCCAGCAGGAGGCGAUGCCCAUAAGCACAAGAGCAAACUCAAGC